UUGGUAUAUGAUGAUUAACAAUGUCAUUUUCUAGUUAUGCCCAUGAAAUGUGUUUGUUUUUCCUUACUUUUUAAUGCUACAUAGCUCUAUUGUGUUCGGAGGGAGUGGGACGAUGAUCGCUGUCACCCAUCCUGUUAUCACGCAGUUGCGGUAUUCGAUCCUUGCUGCUCUAGUGGUACUGGUUACGUGUGCCCAAACGGUCCGAACUGCCACAAUCCACACGGAGGCCCACCUAUCCCAGAAGGCCAGACGAUGUACGUGAACCUAGAGCAGUGUAACUGUACGAGCGGGGGAGAGAUGGCAGUCUGCAGCCCCAUCCCGCCGCCAGAGUGUUAUGACGCACGUUACGAAUUCAACGUCCCUUCCCUCACCCCUUACACCUGCCCAAACGGUCCAAACUGCCGCAAUCCUGAAGGCCUGCCUAUCCUCAUCCCAGAAGGCCAGACGGUGUACUCGAACGGCAAUCAGUGCUCAUGUGUAACCGGGGGAGGGAUGGCAGUCUGCACCCCCAUCUGGCCAGAGUGUUUUGACUACGUUAACGAUGACGACCCCACCCACUUCCCUUAUAUCUGCCCAAACGGUCCGAACUGCCUAAAUCCUCACGGAGUUCCGCUUAUCCCUGAAGGCCAGACGAUGUACGUGAACCUAGAGCAGUGUAACUGUACAACCGGAGGAAGGAUGGCAGUCUGCAGCCCCAUCCCGCCGCCAUGGAGCGAGUGUUAUGACCACGUUAACGAUGACGACCCCACCCACUUUCCUUACGUCUGCCCAAACGGUCCGAACUGCUACAAUCCUCACGGAGGCCCACCCAUUCCGGAAAGCCAGACGAUGUACGUGAACUUAGAGCAGUGUAACUGUACGGCCGGGGGAGAGACGGCAGUCUGCGCCGGCGUCCCGCCGCCAGUGUGUGUUGACGUUGUUAUCGAAUGGAACGUCCUUUCCGAUUCCCCUUACACCUGCCCAAACGGUCCGAACUGCUACAAUCCUCACGGAGGCCCACCCAUUCCGGAAGGCCAGACGAUGUACGUGAACCUCGAGCAGUGUAACUGUACAACCGGGGGAAGGAUGGCAGUCUGCGCCUUCGUCCCGCCGCCAGUGUGUGUUGACGUUGUUAUCGAAUGGGACGUCCUUUCCGAUUCCCCUUACACCUGCCCAAACGGUCCUAACUGCUAUAAUCAUCACGGCCCGCCGAUCCCAGCAGGCCAGACGGUAUACGUGAACAACGAGCAUUGUUCCUGCGUGACAGCAGGUAGUGCUACAGUGUGCGUCACCACCCCGGCGCCCACCACAACAACAACCACCACUCCCGUCCACACUACCCCCACUCCCACCAUCUAA